GAACAUUAUGUCAUCUAAAAUUUGGAUUUGGAAAAAUGUUCCCGGAAUUACUGGUCGAUGUGAUGAUAUAAUUUAUUCACGUCCGAUAUUACCACCAAGUCAGGAUGUUCUUUUAUAUUUUGGAGGUGAUAUUCAGGACAUUCAAGAAAACAUGAAACAUGCAGGUAGCAAAACAUAUAUAGAAUGGAGUUUAGAAAAUACAGCCAAAAUACUUACUAUUAGCUUUCCUAAAAAACAUGUGUUUUUAAUUCGACCAUCUAGGGUAUUAGAAACGUUAAGUUAUUUUGAUAACUUUGUACCAUCAAAAGAAUAUGGUAUACCAGUAUUUUGUCCAACGCAUAAUGCUUUAAAGCAUUUACAAGAAUUACUUAAAUCUUCUGCAAAUAGAAUUAAUAUAUAUAAUACAGACAAGGAACUUACUCACUUGAAUAUUGAGAAAGCAAAGCUAACAGUAGUUGGCUUUAGCAAAGGUUGUAUUGUUUUAAAUCAAUUACUCCACGAGUUUCAUUAUUACCAAAAUAAAUUAGAUCCUGAUAUUGAAAUUAAUAACUUUAUACGUCUCAUUGAAAGCAUGUGGUGGUUGGAUGGUGGACAUGCAGGCUCUAAGGAUACAUGGAUUGUGGAAAAAUCCAUAUUAGAAUCUUUUGCAAAAUUAAGGAUAGAUGUUAAUGUUCAUGUUACGCCAUAUCAAGUUCAAGAUCCUCAUCGUCCAUGGAUUGGUAAAGAAGAAAGCUACUUUUGUAAUAUUUUACGAAAUUUAGGAAUUCCUAUAAAACGAACUUUACAUUUCGCAGAUAAGACAAGAAAUUUACAAAAUCAUUUUAAUGUUCUUAAAGCUAUUCGAAAUUAUACACAGUAAUAUUAUGUACACAGUAACGUUAUUUAUAGUGAUAAAAUUAAAUGGGAAAUGCCUAUAAUGA